AUUGUUGUCUAGACGCUCGUUUGGUUGAGAGUCGACAUGGAGUUCACUAAAGAGGAGUGCGCUUCCCUUCUCAAGAGUCUGAGGUCGAGAGCAGAGAAUCAAACGUGCUUUGACUGCGGGGCGUCCUAUCCGACGUGGGCGUCUCCUACGUAUGGGGUGUUUGUGUGCUUGGGCUGCAGCUCGACGCACCGCUCGAUGGGCGUGCACGUCAGCUUCAUACGUUCUUGCGUGUUCGACCAGUGGACAGGUGACCUGAUCAAGAGGAUGAUCGUUGGAGGAAACGCGAGCGCGAGGGGGUACUUUAGGGCUCACGGCGUGGAGGAUCAGAGUUACGGGGAGGAGAAGUACAUGACGAGGGCGGCGGAGGAGUACAGGGAGUUGUUGACGAAGCGAGUCGAGAGACAGGACUGGUCGACGGAGGAGGCGGUGAGAGCGGCCAUGAGAGCGGACAAAAAGGAGUUCGAGAAAAACGGUGAGGACAGAUUGAACAGCUAUAGAACGAAGGAGUUUGUUCACAAGGUCGUUCAGGUUGCGGAGACUGAUUUUUUUGACGAGGACUCGCCGACGGGGGCCGACAAGUCUCCGAGACUCGAGGUGCCCUCGAGGGCCGAGCGUCCGCGUCGCCCGGACAGCUUGACGGGCGUUGGCGGGUCUCCGAGACUCAAGGUGCCCUCGAGUGAGGCGCACCAUCCGGAAAGUAGGGGAGUCGUCGAGCAACCGAAGGCGUCGUCGUCUAAUCGGUCGGCGCAGAGGUCCGCUCACGCCAAGAGACACCAGUUGUUUGACGCCUCCGAUACCGCGACGUCCGAGAGCUUGCCGAUGUCCGUAGAGAAACAAGCCGAGUAUGCGAGGUGGUUCGAGAAGACGAGCUCGCCCAGCGUGACCGGGAGCCUCUACGACAUGAUAGACGACGACGAUUUGUAUCAAGAUGCGCUGGGGCUUGGAGAGGUGGGCCUAUUCGACGCCCUGACUGGCGAUUUGUACGAAGAGAAUAACGCGUCGUACAGGACGACAGAAAGCCCUUUCGACGCGGCUCUUAAAAGAAAUGUGCCGCAGCCGACAAACGCCGAGUCCUUGCCGCGUCGACCGAGCGCGCCCAAAGCUGCGGAGUCGUCGGGCCAAACCAGAUCGUCGAGUACUCGCGUCUAUUCUGACGACUGGGACAAUCACCCCUCCUCGUCUCGCGGCUCCAGCGUCUCCGUCGCGCCCAACCUUAUUCAGGACAAAUUCUCCGGCGCGAGCUCUAUUUCCAGCUCUCAGCUGGAGCCAAAGAGCGGCUCCGACUCUCCGAACGUCGACAAGGCCUCAUUUGAACGACGUUACAAGAACGCGGACUCUAUCAGCUCCGACGACUUUCACAGGCGACCGGGGCCGCAAAAGGAAUACAGCACCGCCGACAUGAUUUCACGGGUCACCAAGUCCGCCAAGUCUGACUUUCUGUCUAUCAUAGAGAGCGGCAAAAAGGCUGCCCUGGCCGUGUCUGAAUGGGUGUCAGACUCCCUCUGAGUGGCAGCCUGGUGGGGGCGAUUCGACUCUAUCCUUCGCGUAUGGGGAUUUACCUCGGCGCAUUUUAUUUUAUUUUAUUUUUUUUUUUCGAGGCGGUACGAAUCCAUUCGCGUCAAAUCCUCGCUUGCUUGAAUGAGUCACGACGUGUUUGUGGAUUUCUUCAAGUCUCUGAAACGAGGGCGUCGCGCCGGCGGCGAGCUCGAGGGCGCGCGAGACCGGGAGACCCGCAGCAAGCGGUCCAAGAGGGCGCCGGCCCGAGCGGCCAAGGCGCCUCCGAGCGUCGAGGCGGACCGGACGCCCAUCGCCGAUCCCUCGGACGACUCCUCGGACGACUCCGAAGCAGAAG